AUGAAAAUCAUAAUUCUUCUCGGACUCAUAGGAGCUACAUCAUCAGCCCCGCUUAUCUCGCAGCGUCUAUUGUCUGCUAGCAACAGUCAUGAGCUACUCCUGAAUCUUAAUAAUGGUCAACUUUUGCCACUGCAAUUCCAGGGUGCCUUCAACCCCUGGAUUCCUCCCUUCCCUGGGUUUCUGCAGCAACAGCAGCAACAGCUGCAGCAGCAGGCUCAGGUCUCAGGACGCCCACAGUUUCCUGUCUCCACACUAGAGAGCUUUGCUGGACUCUUCCCAAAUCAGAUACCUUUCUCAAGACAGGUUGGGUUUGCCCAAGGAGGCCAGGCUGGCCAGCCAGAACUCUCACAGCAGCAGACACCACCUCAGACCCAGCAGGGUGCUAGCCCUAUGUCUUAUGUGGUUCCUGUCAAGGUGCCUCAAGAUCAAACACAGAUGUUUCAGUACUACCCAGUUUACAUGCUUCUGCCCUGGGAACAACCUCAGCAGACAGUCACACCCUCACCUCAGCAGACAGGGCAGCAGCAGCUAUUUGAGGAACAGAUACCAUUCUAUAAUCAAUUCGGAUUCGUACCACAACAAGGAGAACCUGUGGUACCAGGAGGGCAGCAGCACUUAGCUUUUGACAGCUUUGUAGGCACAGCUCCGGACACUCCUGCACUGCCAGCAGAAGAGAGCCUGCUUUAUCCACAGAAAGAACCAAUCAGCUUUAAGCAUGAUAAUGCAGGAUUUUUCAUGCCUUCAACUUCACCAAAGCCCAGCACCGACAAUAUUGUCACUUCUGAAAUAGACCCAACUAUUGUUCCAGUGCUUCCAGAACAGAAGGACAAGACUGAUAGCCUAAAAGAACCAUAA